UGCUUCAAAUGGCUGAAAUUGCAAAUUUGUAAAACACCCGAAGAAGCGGGUUCGCUGAAUCACAUUUAUAUCCCCGACAUGUCUUAAAAAUAGAUUUUCUGAUGCUUUUAUUUAUUUAUCUGUUUUUCUAAAUUUUAUAAUCCUGUCUUUCCUAAUAUGCUGUGUUGUGGUGUUCGCUGUCUGUAUUGUUUUAUCUGUUUUGAUGAAUUGUUCAGUUUAUUACCCCCCCCAAAAAAUAAAAAUUAAUUGUCUUUCCCAAUAUACCACUGAAGAAUUUGAAUGUCGUGAAACGUGAGAGACUAGCUUGGGGUCCGAGCUUGUCCUUAUAUUCUUGAAUUCCUGAUAUUUUUAUCAAAGCCUGGCUCUCAUAUUUCUCAUUCCCCACUAACAUAUUCGGUGGGCCAAUUUGUAACCCACCCACAGAAUUCUUUUGUCCUUGAAGGAAAGAUCUGCUUGUUUUGCCCAGAUGGCCCAAACAGAUAGGAAAGCUUUGAUUUGAAAGGAAACAUGCAUAUUCUUUGCCCCCAGAAGCAAAUACUGUGAUUAAGCCGCGUGGAGUCAAUAAGGAGCAAAAAUACAAUAGCGUUCAACUUCAGAGGCAUGGCUACAAAACCUGAGGCUUAUAAAUCACUAGAAUUGGAUGCCUCUGAAAGUUCUUGCAGCUCAAACGCUCCCCGAGUUCUGAUGAAAUUGUCGUGUGUUUUGGAGAGAUCGAUUCAGAGGAAUGAGAAGCAUAGGAGAUCAGCAAAGAGGAGGGACCCUGUCACCAUGUUUGAUGGGACGAAAGCACCGAACAUGAGCGUUAGACAGUAUAUGGAGCGCAUUUACAAGUACUCAGGGUGCAGCACUUGUUGUUUUGUGAUUGCGCAAAUAUACAUGGACAGAUAUUUUCAACGAAAGGGUGGCUAUCUCACGUCCUUCAAUGUCCAUCGCCUCCUGAUCACAAGUGUCAUGGUGGCAGCAAAAUUUGUAGAUGAUGGGUGUUACAGCAAUGGGCACUAUGCCAGGGUAGGAGGAGUUAGCACGGCAGAGAUGAACAGAAUGGAGUUGGAGUUCUUGUUCAAUCUGGAUUUUAGGCUCUUCGUUACCACCCAAGUCUUCUGCAAGUACUGUGAGAAGCUUGAUCAAGUAACAGUUCAAGAAUUUCAGACUCGGCAUUCCACCAUUGGCAGGAGAGGUGAAAAAUAAACUCAGCAGAGGUAGGUAGUAGCUGCAAAUCCGCACUAUUUUAAUUCUUAAACUCUUAUUAAGAGUGCCAGUACUAUACAUAGCAUUUUAUAUAGAUAUCAUUGAUAGAAUAUAAUACAAUGAUGUGGAAUUGCAUGACACCUAAUGAAAUAAAACUUAUAUCACACAUACUCCGAAGAAAUCACGUCUAUGAGGCAAAGUGAAUUAAAUUA